CACACCCAGGCCAGUAUAUAAGACCCCAAAAGGAACUACGUCCCUGUCAGUCACAUCAGUGUGGUGUAUACUUCUCCUCUUUUGACCAACGGAAAAAAAAAUUGAGAGAUGGCACCCAAGAAGGCCAAGAGGAGGCAGCAGGCAGAGGGCGGCAGCUCUAAUGUAUUCUCCAUGUUUGAGCAGAGCCAAAUCCAGGAAUACAAGGAGGCCUUCACAAUCAUCGACCAGAACAGGGAUGGCAUCAUCAGCAAGGACGAUCUGAGAGAUGUGCUGGCCUCCAUGGGUCAGCUAAAUGUGAAAAAUGAGGAGCUGGAAGCCAUGGUCAAGGAAGCCAGUGGCCCCAUCAAUUUCACCGUCUUCCUCACCAUGUUUGGUGAGAAGCUAAAGGGUGCUGACCCUGAGGAUGUUAUCGUGAGUGCUUUCAAAGUUCUGGAUCCAGAGGCUACUGGCACCAUCAAGAAGGAAUUCCUUGAGGAACUCCUGACUACCCAGUGCGACAGAUUUACCGCAGAAGAGAUGACAAACCUUUGGGCUGCCUUCCCUCCAGAUGUGGCUGGAAACGUAGACUACAAGAACAUCUGCUACGUCAUAACACACGGAGAGGAGAAAGAGGAAGAGUAACUCAAUCCACCAUCAAAAAUCAACCAUCUCUCUACCUCCCCAUUACAACACCAUAUUGUAACAUAUUCAGUAUCCCCAUGGUCCAUCUGUCCUCUCACAGAAACACUUGUAUAAAUUGGAGGUCUUUUGGCAUUUGGGCUUUCUGAAUGUGAGUUACAUGUAGCUGAUGUGAUUAUUUUCAAUAAAAUAAUCUAAAUAAUCUGCCUGCCAUAGUGUUUCCCUUCAUAAAUGUAUAGGAAAAGGAUACAUUUAAAGAGAUGGUGCAUCUCUGUAAUAGAGCACCAUAAUCUCUCUCAAUGUUUCCCGUUUGUUUUCUUGGAGAGACAGAAAAAGUAGGGAGGAAAAACACUGAACACUAAUAGAAAAAAGAGGAAGACAGAGUAGGACGAGGAAAAGAAACAAAAGAAAACAUCUUUAUUUCUACUUUUUAUCUCAAAGUCUUCUUUUUGCUUUCUUCUCUAUUUAUUUUCUUUACAUGUCUUUGUCCUCAAAUCCACUUGUAACCUAAAAGUAACAUAAAUAAAAGCACAUAAAUCUUUCUUA